AUCCUUCACUGAUCAUAGGGGAAAGCAAAUAUCUCCUUUCCUCACGGGACACAGAACUAGGCAGAACAGGAUCAGGAAGCGAUCAAACCUACCAAGGCAAUCUCACUUCUCAAUGACUGGACUGUGUGGGUACUCUGCUCCAGACAUGCGUGGCCUCAGACUCAUCAUGAUACCAGUUGAGCUGCUACUUUGCUACCUCCUGCUGCACCCUGUGGAUGCCACUUCAUAUGGAAAGCAGACAAAUGUCUUGAUGCACUUUCCCUUGUCCUUGGAAUCCCAGACACCCUCCUCAGACCCCUUGUCCUGCCAAUUUCUGCACCCAAAGUCACUGCCUGGUUUCAGCCACAUGGCCCCUCUACCCAAGUUCUUGGUAAGCCUGGCUCUAAGGAAUGCCCUGGAGGAAGCUGGUUGUCAGGCUGAUGUUUGGGCUCUACAGCUACAGCUCUACCGCCAGGGUGGUGUGAAUGCUACACAGGUUCUCAUCCAGCAUCUUCGAGGGCUCCAGAAAGGCAGAAGCACAGAGAGGAACAUGUCAGUGGAAGCCCUGGCCUCUGCUCUGCAGCUGUUAGCCAGGGAGCAGCGAAGCACAGGAAGGGUCGGGCGCUCCCUCCCCACAGAGGACUGUGAGAAUGAGAAGGAGCAAGGUGUGCACAAUGUAGUCCAGCUGCUGCCAGGAGUGGGAACCUUCUACAACCUGGGCACAGCUUUGUAUUAUGCUACUCAAAACUGCCUGGGCAAGGCCAGGGAACGAGGCCGAGAUGGGGCCAUAGAUCUGGGAUAUGACCUUCUGAUGACCAUGGCUGGGAUGUCAGGGGGGCCUAUGAGUCUAGCGAUCAGUGCUGCACUUAAACCUGCAUUAAGGUCUGGGGUUCAGCAGUUGAUCCAGUAUUACCAAGAUCAGAAAGACGCAAACAUCUCUCAGCCAGAGACCACCAAGGAGGGUUUGAGGGCCAUCUCAGAUGUGAGUGACUUGGAAGAAACAACUACCCUGGCUUCUUUCAUAUCAGAAGUAGUAAGUUCAGCUCCCUACUGGGGGUGGGCCAUAAUCAAGAGCUAUGACUUAGAUCCUGGGGCUGGGAGUCUUGAGAUAUAAAAGAAUGUGGUAACCACAGAAUUAAUAACUGUACUACCCUGACAAGCUAUAUACAUGUCUUCAAAAUUUUAAUCUGAUUUAUCCAGGAGGAAGGCUGUACAGUAAAACGUAGGAACGUAAAUGUUUGGGUGUUGAAGUCACAGGGUUUGGUUUCGAAUCUAGGCUCCACUUUUAGAGCCUCGGUGAUCACUGAAUAGUAACUUCUUUCUUGAACUAAGAUCAGUUUUUAAGUUUCUAAAGGAGAUAGAAUGAUUUUAACCUCAAUGAGUUGCCCUGUAAAUUUAAAAUGAUACAAUGAAUCUAAAAUGCUUAUCACAGUACUUUCAAUAAAUAGCUAUUAGCCAGGUGCGGUGGCUCACGCCUGUAAUCCCAGCACUGUGAGAGGCUGAGGCGGGAUGAUCACCUGAGGUCAGGAAUUCAAGAUCAGCCUGGGCAACAUGGCGAAACCCCGUCUCUACAAUAAAUACAAAAAAUUA